AUGCCCGCCAAUGAAAGAUCACAAACCACCAAGGAUGGUCCGGAUCCCGUCCUUCUCUCAGUCUUCGCGAAUCGGUUUAUGAGCAUCGCCGAAGCAAUGGGCCGUACCCUUGAACAAACAUCCGUCAGCGUCAACAUUCGAGAACGCCUCGACUUCUCAUGUGCCGUCUUCUCCCCAAAUGGUCAGCUAGUUGCAAAUGCCCCGCACUUGCCAGUCCAUCUAGGGUCCAUGUCCUUCGCAGUCUCUUAUCAAAUCGACACGCUCGGCAAGGAAGGCAUCAAGGAGGGGGACGUUAUCCUUGCAAACCAUCCCACUGCCGGAGGCUCACACCUGCCCGACAUCACCGUCAUCACUCCCGUCUUUUCUGGAGGGGAGAUCGUCUUCGUCGUCGCAUCACGUGGUCACCACGCAGACAUCGGCGGUAUCCUACCGGGGAGCAUGCCACCCCAUUCCAAGUCAAUUUACGAGGAAGGCGCCCAGAUUAAGUCUUUCAAGAUCGUGGAUCAGGGCAAAUACCAGAGGGAGGAGCUCGAGAGGCUCAUGAUCGAAGAGCCGGCAAAACAUCCGGGCUGCUCAGGCAGUAGAGCUUUCAGAGAUGUAGAGUCGGAUCUGCAGGCUCAGAUUGCUGCGAACCAAAAGGGGAUCAACUUGAUUGGCGGACUGAUCGACGAGUGGGGGCUGGAAAUGGUUCAGGACUACAUGGCCUUCAUCAGGGACAAUGCUGAGCUCUCCGUCCGCAACCUCCUCAAGGACGUGGCCCAGAGACAAGGCACCAAUUCGCUGCACGCCAAAGACUACAUGGAUGAUGGGACUCCCAUCGAGCUGCACGUCACCCUCGACCCGGAGCAGGGAUCAGCCGUCUUUGACUUCGAGGGAACAGGACCAGAGGUGUGCGGAAACUGGAACGUACCGCGAAGUGUGGCAUCUAGCGCGAUCAUCUACUGCUUGCGAUGCAUGGUAGACGUGGAUAUGCCGCUCAACAGUGGCUGUCUCGCGCCUGUGGAGAUCAAGAUUCCGAAAGGAAGCCUGCUUGAUCCGAGUGAUGAGGCCGCCGUAGUAGGCGGUAAUGUUCUGACUUCACAACGCAUAGUCGACGUAGUCCUGCGCGCAUUCAAAGCCUCCGCUGCCUCGCAGGGAGACAUGUCCAACCUGACCUUCGGCGCCGGCGGGGUCGACUCAGAAGGCAAACAUGUACAAGGCUGGGCGCAGUACGAGACCAUCUGUGGUGGAAGUGGCGCUGGCCCAUCAUGGCAUGGGACUACCUGCCACACGCAUAUGACCAAUACCCGCAUCUCGGACGUCGAGGUCAUGGAGCGCAGCUUGCCCGUGCUGUUGAGACGGUUCGAGAUCAGGCAAGGGUCCGGAGGAAAGGGGAAGUACAAUGGAGGGGAUGGGGUGGUGAGGGAUAUCGAGUUCUUGCCCGAGGAAAUUGGGGUCAGCAUCUUGUCUGAACGGAGGGUGCUGAGACCCUUCGGCCUCGAAGGGGGAGGGGACGCAGAGGGAGGUCGCAAUUUGUGGGUCAAGUGUGAGAGGGAUGAAAAAGGAAGGCUGAUAGGGAAGAGGGAGGUAAACAUGGGUGGCAAGAACACGGUCACUGCGAGAAGAGGAGAUCGGAUUGUGAUUGAGACUCCUGGUGGUGGGGGUUGGGGGACGCCCGGUGACGAGAAGCAGGAGAAGCGCGCGAAUGGGCAUCACGGCGGCCGUGGGGCGAGAGGGAGCGUGGCGGAGAGGCAGUCAGCGCAGCUGGGAGCGUAGUGAGUGGUAUGGCCUCCGUGUCAGCAUCGACGGAGCGUCAAUCUGUAGCCAGGGGCACAACUUGGUCACUUUCGCGUUCGCUCGUCAGCGGCUGCCUGCCUGCGCGUCGCUCGCUUGAUCCGUCGGCCAGCACGCUCAGUCGAGGCAGGGAGGCGGGAGGUGUGUAGAUCACUCUGUCCCCGCCUCCCGCUCAUCACAAG